UCACCUGAUCACAGAUGUUUUAUCCCAGAAUUAGAUGCAAAUGAUUCAAUUUGGAACAUAACAAAUGUCGACCUAGCUCUCUACAUUCCUAGGCUUCCCACAGGAGAGUUCGAUACAUGUCACAUUUACAACGAAAGAAACGAAUCAAUGUUAUGUAAUGCCUGGAUCUACGAUCCCACAUACCACCCGUCAUCGAGAGCAACGGAAUGGGACUUUGUGUGUCAUAGAAGAUGGAUGGGAGCUGUCGCUCAGUCUGUGUAUAUGUUCGGUGUAUUUACGGGAGCUGUUGUCCUUGGAAAUAUGGCUGACAAAUAUGGGAGGAAGACUAUAUUUUGCAUUUCUGCUGUUCUCACCCUCAUCUUCAGUGUUUCAGUUGCCUUUAUUUCUAACUAUUACGCUUUUCUCGUAUUAAGAUACUUCUACGGCAUUUUCGGAUCUGCAGGUAGUUAUAUUACCGGCUUCGUUCUUACCAUGGAACUCGUAGGUCCGUCAAAACGAACUGCAUGCGGAGUUUUCUUCCAAUUCACAUUCGCAAUUGGUAUAAUGAUGGUUGCUGGUUGGGGUGCGCUAAUAAAAGACAGACAAAUACUUCAAGUCAUCUAUGGUCUUCAUACACUUCUACUGAUUGGUCACUGGUGGCUUAUGGACGAAUCUCCCAGAUGGUUAUGGAUGCAGGGUCGAACAAAAGAGGCAGUAAUUAUUAUUAAGAAAGGCCUUAAAAUAAACGGGAGUGCGAUACAUUUAGACGAAGCUGACUAUGAAGCACCACCUAGAGUUGAAAACGUUUCGGAAGAAAGUGAUAUAUCUUCAGGAGGUAUUUCUGAUUUAUUCCGCACACCGAAUCUUCGGAAGAAAACACUAAAUAUUUGUUUAUGCUGGUUUGCAAAUUCUCUGGCCUACUAUGGUCUUUCUCUUAGUACUGGGAAACUUGAAGGAAAUCCAUUCCUUAUGUUAUUCCUUUCUGGACUUGUAGAACUGCCAUGUUAUGUUCUAUUAAUAACUAUAAUGGAUAGAGCUGGUCGAAGGCCACUCAUAGCCUUCUAUAUGAUUACUGGUGGUAUUUGCUGUAUAACAGCUGCGAAACUGACUCCUGCUACUGUAGGGGCUAUUUCGGCCGCUAUGAUUGGAAAAUUUCUCAUUUCCAGUUCUUUCGCAAUAGUUUAUAAUUAUUCCGCAGAACUUUUUCCGACUGUAAUACGAAAUUCUGCAUUAGGUCUCGGAUCUAUGUGCGCCAGGCUUUCUGGUACAUUAACUCCUCUUGUGACCCUUCUUGAUUCUUUCGAUCCCACUCUUCCAGCCAUUGUAUUCGCAGUUAUAGCCUUGAUUUCAGGCGCGCUUACCCUCUUUUUACCUGAAACUAUGGGGGCGCCAAUGCCUGAGAGCAUACAAGAUGGAGAAGAGUUUGGUAAAAAUGACACUUGCUUCACUACAUGCUUCCGAAGAAAAAAGGUUGUCGAUAAAAAAGAAGAAGGUCAAUUGGAACCCCUUAACAGUGAUAAAGUGUAAUUGGGAGGAGGAAGAACAACUUGUUAUUCAGUUGCUAAACAAAUACUGAUAUUUAAGCUAUUCCAUAAAGAAUGCUUUUGUCGUUCGAUAACAGGAGCAGUGAUAUUCAAAGAAAUGAUUUUUUUAUUUUUGAACCAUGUUUGUAAAAAGGAUAAUCAAUUAAAUGUGUUACAAUAAAAGAUUAUGUUAUUUGUA